AUGUGGCUCUUUGGUUUUUCCCCCACAAAGCCUAGAAACCUUUGGAUAAUUGGUGCAAUUCUGCUGGUCAUCCUCCUCACUAUCAUCUUAAAGAAGUGGGCUAUCUAUCUAGAGGCCCAAGCACACAAAUGUUCCAUGGAAAAAGCCCAGAGAAACUGUGAGAAUUACCUGCAAAUUUCCAAUCUAUGCUGCACGGGUGUGAUAAGGACUUAUGCGCUUGAGGAGUUGAAAAUGGCGACCAGGGAUUUCAGAAUUAGAAUCGGGGUUGGAGCCACUUCAUUUGUGUAUCUGGCGGAGCUUGGCGAUGGAAGGUUUGGUGCUGUGAAGCGCGUAAUGGAGGAGAGAGGUGGGAGCAAGAAGAUGUUCUUAGAUGAAGUCUCGGUUCUUCUCAGGAUUUCUCACCCUAAUUUGGUGGGAUUGAUGGGGUUCUGCCUUGAGAAAGGAGAACAACUUCUACUACUAGAGUAUGUCCCCAACAAGAGCCUCUUUGAUAGAAUGCACACAUUCCGUGGCCAAUCUGAGGGCAUACUCUCAUGGUCCAACCGCUUGAACAUUGCCCUAGACAUCGCUCGUGCUCUCGACUACCUUCACUCCCAAGCCGACCCUCCUAUCAUACACAGAGAUGUCAAGUCCUCCAACAUUCUCUUGAUCGACAACGAUCACGCCAAACUAGCAGACUUUGGGCUAUGCAAAUUGGGGUACAAUGAAAGGUAUGGCUCACAAUCUCCCACCAUUGUCAAGGGCUCCUUCGGCUAUGUCGACACUAAUUACCUUAAGACUGGCCAUGUCUCAUCAAAGAGCGAUGUAUAUAGCUUUGGGGUCCUACUUCUUGAGCUAAUAACCGGGCUCAGAUCGAUACAAGACUCUACGACGCUUGCAGAAUGGACUGAGGAGGCCCGGAAGAAUGAUUCCAUAGAGGUUUUGGUUGGAUUGUUGGAUCCCAAACUCAAUGGGGAUGUCAAUGUAGAGCAGCUUCGGGUGUUGAUGGAGGUGGCCAACUCGGCUUUACUUGAAAACUCAGAAGCUAGACCAGACAUGAGAGACAUUGUAGAUAGGAUUUUGGGAUGCAUGGAACUUCAUCAACUUCAAUCUGAGUUGCCAGUUUAA